AUGUACGAGGCUGAUCACGAGGCUCCACUUACAAUGCUAUCCCUUGCGGAUACGUAUUUUCCAACUUUGACCCAAAAAGAACAGAAAUAUGCUCAUUUCAUGGCCAGCGCUUCCCAUGCCGGGACAAGAAUCGUCUUAAGACAAGUCUCUCAAGAGAGUGAACCUAUAUUUGACUUAGUUUUAGCAUUACACAGAGGUGUGAGCGGGGUAUACCCUGGUGAAUCUCAAUUAUAUUUGGAUUAUGUCUCUCAAUUUUUAUCCAAUUUAGGGAAUUAUAAAUCCUUUGGAGAUUCAAAAUUCAUCCCUGCUUGCUCAAUCAAUUAUGUUUAUGAACUAGGCAAACUCGCUGGUAUCGAUCUUGAGGGAUCAAUUGAUCAAUUUUCUAAAGUUGAACACCAAUUAACAGUACGUAAGUUGAUUGAAGAUGGGAUGUAUAAAGUCAAUGAAGAUAUUGCAUUACUAGGAUUCCCCUCAGAGGGACACCUGUCUUCCUACUAUAUUGGAGAGCCCGUCUCUUUAGAGGAUAUGAAAUUGUUGAAACAAGAAUUAUUUGCGAAGUAUAAGAUCUUACCAGAGAAUACACGUAUCAAAAAAUUGGCUUCUCAUAGAUUUGAAGUCCUGGUGGCAUCAGAGACUGUGACAAAUAAACUACCAGUUUCUGAGUACCCUCAUGGUGUGAUUACAUUGAGUGACAUCCAUCAUACUCAAGUUACCUUCAAAUUUGGAGACCACUCUCAGGAAAUGGAAAAGAUUUGUGAGUACUUAUCUUCUGCAAAACAAUUCGCUGCUAAUGAGACCCAAGCAAAUAUGUUGGAUCAUUACAUUGCUCAUUUUAAGACUGGUUCUGGUUUGGAACAUAAGGAAGCUCAAAAAUUAUGGGUAAAAGAUAUAUCACCUAUCAUUGAGACUAAUAUUGGAUUUAUUGAAACCUAUAGAGAACCUUCUGGAAUCAUUGGUGAAUUUGAAUCAUUGGUUGCAGUUCAAAAUAAAGAGAGAACUGCCAAAUUUGCCACAAUGGUUCAAAAUGCUCAAGAAUUUAUUGCGUUAUUACCUUGGGAUCGUUCCUUUGAAAAAGAAAAAUUCAAUCCUCCUGAUUUUACAUCUUUGGAAGUCUUGACCUUCACAGGGUCAGGUAUCCCAGCAGGGAUCAACAUUCCAAAUUAUGAUGACGUUAGAUUGACUAUUGGGUUUAAGAACGUUUCCCUUGGGAAUAUUCUAAGUGCUUCGGCUAAGAGUUCUUCAAACCACCCCCCAUCAUUCAUAAGACAAGAUGAUUUGGAUUUGUUUCAAAAAUAUCAAUCAGAUUCCUUUGAAGUACAAGUGGGUAUUCAUGAAUUAUUAGGUCAUGGAUCAGGGAAGCUUUUAUUACAAACUGGUCCAGACGAAUUCAACUUUGAUCACACCAAUCCUCCAUUGGGUUUAGAUGGUCAACCAGUAACAACUUAUUACAAACAAGGUGAGACCUGGGGGUCUCUAUUUGGUUCCCUAGCUGGUGCUUUUGAAGAGACCCGUGCAGAAGUUGUCGCCAUGUUCUUAAUCACGAACCGUAAAUUACUUGAAAUAUUUGGAUUCAAAACUAAAGAGGACCAAGAUAAUGUUAUCUACGCAGGUUAUUUGCAAAUGGCAAGAGCUGGUCUAAUGGCCUUGGAGUUCUGGGACCCAAAGACUGGGAAAUGGGGUCAACCACAUAUGCAAGCUAGAUUCUCCAUUAUGAAAACUUUCUUAAUGCACUGUACUAACGACAAGUUCUUAAAAAUUGACAAAAUUGGUGACGAUGAUCUUCAGAUCAAUCUAGACAGAUCCAUAAUCGAAAAUGAAGGUCUAGAGUGUGUCCGUGAUUACUUGUUACACUUGCACGUUUACAAAUGUUCUGCCGACGUCAAACGUGGUUCCGAAUAUUAUAUCGACAGAUCCACUGUACCACAGGAACUUGCAGUCUUAAGAGAUCUGGUAAUUUCUAAGAGAUUACCUCGUCGUCAAUUCAUCCAAGCUAACACUGCUCUGAAUACUGACACAGACACUGUCACCGUCCACGAGUAUCCAGAGACUGUAAUGGGUAUGAUCCAAUCCUUCUUGGAACGUCAAGCCUAG